AUGGUGUUCACCCAGCAGGACAUCAUCAACCUGCGGGCAUCACUCCAGGAUGCUGUCGUCAAGUGUUCAGAGAGAUGUCUGUAUCAAUCAGCAAAGUGGGCUGCUGAGUUGCUGGAUGUGCUUCCAGAGUCAACCCCUGAGGAUGAAGGCUCCAAGUUGAACAACACCCCUCGAGGCUACAUGCCUGCAAUCUUGACUCCAAACCCCGAUGAGAAGGAGGCCCAGCUCGAGGCUCGCGAGUUCAACAAGUACCUGCUCGCCAAGUCAUUCUUUGAUUGUCGGGAAUUCGACCGAUGCACUGCAGUCUUCCUGCCAGAUUCCCUUUUAUCUAGCGUGCUGUCUCCAAAAGGCGAGGACUCACCGUUAAGUUCUCAACUGAAGACCACCAAAGGCAAAGAGUCCAUGAUCCCCACUCAUAGUAUAUUCAACCUCAAGCCCAGUAUCCUCCCGGAGCUGAGCCAGAAGAGCUUGUUCUUGGCGCUCUAUGCAAAGAUGCUUUCCGGAGAGAAGAGGAAAGACGAGGACUCGGAGAUGGUUAUGGGCCCUCAAGACCUCGGCUCAGUAGGCAACAAGCAGCUGCCGAUUGUGAGCCGCUAUCUCCAGACUUGGUUCGAGGAGCGGAACGAAGAUCAAUCUGGUGAGGGUAGCCAGGGCUGGCUGGAAUACCUCUAUGGCAUGAUCCUGGCGAAAGAGAAGAAUACUGACGAGGCGAUGGCAUGGUUUUUGAAGAGUGUUCAUCUAUUUCCCAUGAAUUGGGGCUGCUGGCUUGAGAUGACUUCUGCCAUCACCAGAGUCGAAAUGCUCAACAAGAUCGUGCCUCGCCUCCCACAACACAUCGUCUCUUACAUGUUCCAUAUCCACACAUCGCUGGAGCUUUAUCAACCAACAAAUGAGCUGGGAACAGCACUCGACCAGCUGUUAGCAAUCUUCCCGGACUCCCCAUUUCUGCUCACGUGUUCAGCCCUCCUGUCUUACCAUACCAAAGAGCUCAAAGAUGCCUCAACACGUUUCAGUCAUCUCCUUUCCCUCCACCCUCAUCGCCUGGACAGUCUUGACAUUUACUCCAACAUCCUCUAUGUUCUCAAUGAAAGGCCAAAGCUGGCCUUCUUAGCUCACCUCUGCUCUAGCAUCGACAAGUUCCGACCAGAGUCAUGCGUUGUUAUCGGCAACUACUACUCCUUGCUAUCGCAACACGAGAAGGCUGUGCAAUAUUUUCGUCGAGCCUUGGCGCUCGACAGGUCAUGCUUAUCCGCAUGGACUCUGAUGGGACAUGAAUAUGUGGAACUCAAGAACACGCACGCUGCUAUCGAAUCCUAUCGGCGGGCGGUGGACAUCAACCGGAGAGAUUAUCGGGCCUGGUAUGGUCUUGGGCAAACGUAUGAGAUGCUGGAGAUGUAUCAGUACGCUCUUUGGUACUACAAGAAGGCGGCAGGUCUGCGACCCUGGGACGGCAAAAUGUGGAUGGCGGUCGGCACGUGUCUACAGAAGCUGGGCCGCGAACGAGACGGUAUCAAGGCACUCAAGCGAGCUUUGCUGGCUGACACUUACUACGAAUCCUCGGCCAGCAGCUUUGGCAGCGCUGCAACAGGUUUCGACCGCACGGCGCUCGGCCGCCUGGACACGGAGGUGCUGGUACAGAUCGCGCAUAUGUACGACAGCCUGGACGAAGAAGAGGAAGCUAGGGCCUACAUGGAGCUGUGUAUCGUCCAGGAGGACGGCAACGUGGACAACCUGGGCGAUAACGCAACCAAGCACAGCGACAUACUAUCGGACGAGGGCGAGGACAACGACGAGCGGGACAGACAGAACCAAGGAAUAGGCGUCACAAAUGUGACCAGCAGGGCCAGGAUGUGGCUAGCCAAGUAUGCCAUGCGACACGCCGACUUCGACACGGCCAACCGCCUGGCGAAUGAGCUCUGCCAGGAUGGCCAGGACGUGGAAGAGGCCAAGGCCAUCAUGCGCGAGGCGCGUUCGAGGCUGGACCUUUCUCCUGGCGGCAGGGGGUCUGAUGGCUAG